UAACACUUGAGACACGUUGACGUUGACCGCGCGAUCCCUUGCAUUAGUGUGUAAAAAAAAAGUUUUGAGCAUGGUAGCCCACGACUUAUAAUCCGUACACUUAUACGGAGAUGGAAAGUGGGAAUUAAGGAUACCUACCUACCUACCUAUUGAGAACUAUCGAACAAGGUAUUGUACUUCAGGGUACUUGGCAGAUGGGAAUGAUUCACUUACAGGAAGAGCAAUUCACUGGUUGACAAGGGUGCUGGCGGAAUAACUCGGUAGACUAGUAAAUUUACUCCAUUUGCUCUGCUGGUACGCCUGCUUGUCCGGGAAGGAGAAUAAUCGUGAAUUCUUACUGCGAAUAAGAAAUUUCCUUCCUAGUAUUUUUUUUCUUCGAGUAAUUAAGUACUCUUCCUAAGAAAUAUCGAAAAAAAGCCUCCAAUUGAUGUCCAUAGAUACCCAAUCGCACCUGUAGAUUACGUUACACCCCAUAUCUUCCUAAGCAAUGGCGACACCCUCUACGAACGAGCCGGUGCUCAAGCUCCCACAUCCAUACCUCACAUCCUACACUCUCGUUAAGACGUCGCGUCCCUCAGACUCUACUCCUUGGCUCCAAGUGAAGCCCCAAGAAGAUGCUCCUAGCGAGGUAAAAGCAAAAACGAAACCGUUACCAGAACGCCUUGACAAUGAUACGCUCUUCUUCACCGAGCCCACGGACCUUAAGUCAAGCGAGCGGCCGGCCGAAUCGAACAACACACCAUGGGGUCGCGCCCGCCGCUCUCCGAGCUCAACAAUUGCGUGGGACGUCGCGACACCCCCCACGUUAGCUCAGGCCUGGCUCGUGAUUUACGUGCUAUUCACGGUACGGCCGUCGACAGAAGGGCUCCGGCUCACGCUCGAGGGACCCGGCCGCGAAGCGCUCGUGGCACAGCUUAAGGCCGUUCUACUGGCCAUCGACCACCCUACAGCAGCUGGAUUGAGCGACGAGCUGCUUGUCUUGCGCAGCACAUUCUGGCAAGGCGCCGGCUCGCCGUUUGGACCGCGCAGCGUUUGGGUCCCCGACUCCGGCAACGAUCCCCAAGAUAAUGGCAAUUCGUUGCCGAAACCACUCUCCACGUAUCCCCUAACGCCACUCCAACAUGCGAUGACAUCCGAGGCUAGUGGGACUCCGGCGUGGCACCCGCGACGACCCGCGAAGCCGCGCCCGGGCUCCGUGGUAUACAGUCGAUGGAUCCCUCACCUACGCGAGAACUUCAGCAUGGUUGCGCUCGACUGGGAGAACCCGGAGCACCUAGAGCUAUUCCACAACUGGCAGAACGACCCGCGCGUCUCGCAGGGGUGGAAUGAGACAGGUUCCCUUGAGCAGCAUCGCGAGUACCUGCGUCGCGCUCACGUCGAUCCCCACCAGAUCACGUUGCUGGCUGCUUUCGACGACACGUUCUUUGCUUACUUUGAAGUGUACUGGGCGGCGCCCACAUGCACAAACGCUAACUAUUUUCUCUACCUACAGGAAGACCGACUUGGCGCGUACUACAGCGCGGGAGAUUUCGACCGAGGACGACACUCGCUAGUAGGUGAUAUACGAUUCCGUGGUCCGCACCGCGUGACGGCGUGGUGGUCUAGCUUGAUGCAUUAUUUAUUCCUGGACGACCCGCGCACGAUGUACGUGGUGGGUGAACCGAAAUAUACCAAUAGUUCAGUCCUGGCGUACGAUUUCAUGCACGGCUUCGGACUCGACAAGUUCGUCGACUUACCGCAUAAGCGUUCGGCAUUCGUGCGGUGCUCCCGCGAGCGCUUCUUCCAGCUCGCGCCGCUUGGGGAAAGUGAAAAGGUUGUUGGUGGGACUUUGGUCGGAUUGCUGCCCAAGUUGUAAAGAUUUAAAUUGUGGUAGAAAUCAUGUCACGUGGUAUGGCGUCG